UGAACAUCGCCGACAAUCCCCCACUUCCACAUCUUUCCGAAGCCCGAGACGCCUUUCCCCCGAGACCGACUAAGCCACUGCAACACUCGAACGUAUUGCGCCGCGACCGAUUUAAACUCCGCGGUCCCUACAGCCCCAAGACAACGGAAUCGGUGUAUGAGGGGUCCCAGCACAGGAGUGAGCCUUACGACUGAAGCAUAAUGAGUGCGGUCAACAGAAUAAGAGCCGUAAUUGCGCCCCCACGGAAGGGAGAGACAUUCGAGCUAAGAGCCGGUCUGGUCUCCCAAUAUGCAUACGAACGGAAAGAAGCGAUCCAGAAGACCAUCAUGUCCAUGACAUUGGGCAAGGAUGUGUCUUCCCUGUUUCCUGAUGUGCUGAAGAACAUCGCAACAGCGGAUCUGGACCAGAAGAAGCUGGUAUACCUAUACCUCAUGAACUACGCCAAGUCGCAUCCGGACCUUUGCAUCCUAGCCGUCAAUACCUUCGUGCAAGAUUCUGAAGACCCCAACCCUCUCGUACGAGCGCUUGCGAUACGGACAAUGGGCUGCAUUCGAGUAGACAAGAUGGUGGAUUACAUGGAGGAGCCGCUAAGAAAGACGCUGAGGGACGAGUCGCCAUAUGUACGGAAGACGGCCGCUCUCUGCGUGGCCAAGCUUUUCGACCUCUCGCCCUUGAUGUGCUUGGAGAACGGCUUCCUGGAGCAACUACAGGAGCUUGUUGGCGACCCCAAUCCUAUGGUGGUGGCCAACUCGGUGACUGCAUUGGUGGAAAUCAUGGAAACAUCGCCAGAAACAAAAGCGCUGGUCAUCACCCCGCAGACACUGAAAAAGAUGCUGUUGGCGCUGAACGAGUGUACAGAAUGGGGGCGAGUAACGCUCUUGACAACCCUAGCAGACUACAAGGCCGCGGAUAUUAAGGAGGCAGAGCACAUUUGCGAGCGAGUCGUGCCUCAGUUCCAGCAUGUUAACCCGAGUGUUGUUCUCGCUGCGGUCAAGGUAGUCUUCCUGCAUAUGGCGCACAUCUCGCCUGAGCUCCUCAAAUCAUACUCAAAGAAGAUGGCGCCCCCUCUAGUCACACUGGUAUCUUCCGCAUACGAAGUGCAGUAUGUCGCGCUGCGAAACAUUGACCUUUUAUUGCAGAAACAGCCAGACAUUCUCAGCAAGGAAAUGCGCGUGUUCUUCUGCAAGUACAAUGACCCCAACUACCUCAAGAUGCAAAAACUUGAGAUCAUGGUGCGGAUCUCGAACGACAAGAAUGUGGACCAGCUACUUGCGGAGUUGAAGGAGUAUGCACUCGAAGUCGACAUGGACUUUGUUCGCAGAGCAGUAAAGGCCAUUGGCCAGGUUGCUAUCAAGAUCGAAAGCGCCAGCGAGAAGUGUGUCAACACACUGCUGGAUCUCAUCAAUACGAAGGUCAACUACGUUGUUCAAGAGUCAAUCGUCGUCAUCAAAGAUAUCUUCCGAAAGUACCCCGGCUACGAAGGAAUUAUCCCCACCCUGUGUCAGUGCAUCGACGAGCUGGAUGAGCCCAACGCAAGAGCUGCGCUGAUAUGGAUUGUCGGCGAGUAUGCCGAGAAGAUCGACAACGCUGGAGAGAUCUUGACAAGCUUUGUGGAUGCAUUCGCGGAAGAGUUCACUCAGACUCAACUGCAAAUUCUUACCGCUGUCGUCAAGCUUUUUCUCAAGAAGCCCGACCAGGCGCAGGGUCUUGUACAAAAGGUCUUGCAGGCUGCGACGGCCGAAAAUGACAAUCCCGACAUCAGAGAUCGCGCCUAUGUCUACUGGCGAUUACUCUCAAGCGAUCCACAGAUCGCGAAGGACAUCGUACUGUCGGACAAACCACCAAUCACCACAACAAUUCGCUCACUCCCACCUCAACUACUCGACAGUCUGCUCAAAGAGCUGUCGACAUUGGCUUCUGUGUACCACAAGCCACCGGAGGCUUUUCUCGGCCAAGGCCGUUUCGGUGCCGAAGCUAUGCAGCGUGCAGCUAUCGAGGAGCAGGAAGAAGAUGCAAGGCAGAACCCGAUCGCUGCCGCAGCAGUCGCCGCAGCAGUCAGUGGACAGUCAGCGCCCCAAUCGAACAUGGAGAACUUGCUGGAUAUCGACUUCGACGGCUCUGCUCCGGCUUCAUUACAGAAAGAGCCGUCGCAAGGACAGUCAGGCCUCGAAGGUCUUGCAGGUACACCACAGCGUGUCGUGUCUCCCGCGGUGGGCGGCGCCCCUCAACCACAGUCCAACAUGGACGAUCUCCUGGGCCUGUUCGGAGACGGCGGAAGCGGUGGGCCACCUGCAGCACCUGCACAGAUGAGUAAUGACGACAUCAUGAAUGGGUUUGCAAGUAUGAGCGUGGGAACACACCAGCCGCCGCCUCCACAACAUCAAAUGGGGAGUGAGGUGAGCAAAAAGACGAAUCAGGAUCUAUUGGACUUGUUCUAGCCUCUAGGCAAGAUGUAUAGGAAGCGUCGGAGUUGUCUUAGCGAACAGUAUAUGCCGGGUGAAUCAGGCGGCCGCACGCGCGAAAACCUGUAUGAUGCAAUACGAAUAGAAAGAUAUGAUGAACUCAAUU